AUGAGCAACGAGUUACAAUUGCUCGAAAAUGUCGAGUUGAAGCUUGCCAUGUGCAAUACAGAUGCACAACUAGAAAAGACGAUCCAGAUCUUCUUGCCUCCUGUCUUGCUCAAAUUGGCCAGCACAAAUCCUGAAGCAAAGAAGAAAGUAAUGGAAAUUCUGUCUCAUAUCAACAAGAGAACAAAGACCAAUCCAAGUAUUAAGUUACCUUUUGAUACUUUAUUGAAGCAAUUCACGGAUCCUCUUGUGUCUACAUUUGUCAAAAAUUUUACUCUCAUGUACUUGGAAAUGGCAGCCCAUAGACUCAAUCCUGAAGAAAUAGUACAGUAUUUGCCUGAAUUCUUAAGUGGUAUUAGCACAAGACCAGCUCCACAACGCGUACCUUUACUUCAUAUUGUAUUGCCUGUACUCAAUAAAUGGAAAAUGGAUCAAGGCAAACAAUUGACAGCGAGAAAAGAAGUAUUUAAAUUCGACCAAACGCCUCAAGAUGUUCCAGUAAUUUUGGGGUUCUUUUUAGAUGUGAUGCUUUACCAGCCCUUGACAGCAAGAGAACUAGCAGAUGAAGAAAACAAAUUUAAAUAUCCAGGACUUAGCCAACGUGCUGUAGACGAUGUGACAAACAAAGGAAAGAUAGAAUGGACUACUGCUCAAUUAAAAGAUGCCAAAUUGGGCAUCAUGAACUUUAUUUUGACACCUAUCUUUACAGAUAGUGAACGUCUGCCUUUGCUUGUAGCAGGUGUAUGUGAUCCUAAUCACCAAGUCACUUCUGCUUGUGAAGACGGCAUGAGAAGAUGGACAGGAAAUGUGGACUAUGAAGACAAAGCAACAAUUCAAUCCCUCUACAAACUGUAUUUGGGCUCGCCUAACGCGACUGGUCAAAGUGCUCGAACACCAGCACCUAAUUCAGUCAAACUUCGCGUGUUGCAGUACUUGUCUAAAUCUAUCAUGGCAACCAACAUGGUGGCUUUUAUGAUUCAAGUCAUUUUUGAUGGUAUUUAUGGUGAAAUCACUAACACAAAACUACAGAGAUCCGCCAUGUCAUUCUUACAAUGGUGUGCUCGCAUGAGUACAGAAUCAAGUAUUGGGCCUGUAGCUCCUGUGAUUAUCUCUGGCUUGUUGAAAUACAUCAAUGAAAAUGAGCAUGUACAAGGUUUUGAUGCUGAAAGUGUUAAAGGAUACGCCUAUGUAGCUUGUGGUUUGGUAGCAAAGAAAGUUCCCAAGGUUGGGUUAUCAGAUACACAAAUACUUUCUUUGUUCUUUGAUAAUUUAGAAAAAGAACACAAGAACAUAAGAACCUAUGUUCAAGAUGCAUUAUCUUCCAUGAUUGAAAUCUAUGUGGAUCUUCCCACAGAUUCACUCAUUUAUCAGGAACUUCAACACAUUAUACUAAAAGCUGUUCAAAAGAAUGAUCCUUAUUCUCGCUACAUGGCUCUGAAAUAUGCUAAUGCUAUCUAUCCAUUCUCUUGUGUGUUUGCUCGUUAUGUCUGUCUCUUGGGUAGUUCUUCUUCUGUUGUCAAAUUGGACGUUAAGGAGGAAGCACGUCGAGGUCUGAUUCCAUUUGUUCGUAACAAAUAUGGCCUUGUAGAGAAUGUGGAUGUGAUCUCACCUUCUGAAUUGCCCAAGUUUGAAGACCUUGUGGACUAUAUUCAUACACACAAACCUGAUGAAACAUAUUCUCUUAUGUCAAAGACACCUGUCAUCAAGGGCUAUCCAGUGGAAGUCUAUGCAGAAAUUCUUCAUUUCUUACGUAUCAUUUGGAUUCUACAAGUCAAUUCAGACCAUAUCUUGAUUGAUCAAUAUGUCAUUGAUAAAGUUCAGAACAGCAUGUCAGAAGAUCCUAUUACUAUGUUGAAUUUUAAGACAAGCUUGACUCACAUGUGGCAUAGUGAUUCCAAGGACAAAGAGAUCAUUGAGCGUUGGUUGGCAUUUGUUGAACUGGGCCUAAGUCCUGAAUUAAAAGAUCCUAUUUUGCUAGCCACUUCUGCUCAGUGCCUUCUAGAAGUGAUUUCUCUUGGUCCUAGUUCUAUAUCCACAGCAUUCAAAGAUCGUCUCAGUUUCUUCAAAUCGCUCUCAUUUUCAGAAAAGAUAGAUGCGCGCACCUUAAUGUCUCAUAUCUUUGGUAUCAUUGCAAGUAAUCAAAGUGUGCCUGAUGCUGAUAUCGAAGCUAUCCUUAUUGAAUUUUGUGGUGUACUCGAGGCACAAGAGAGCAAAAAUCAGCAGCAGCUGGAUCAUCGUCAUGGUGCUACUUUAGCCAUGGGUUGUCUCAUCAGUCGCUGUUACUAUCGCAAACGUACCUUAUCCAAAGAACUUGUGAAGCGGUGUGUUGCACUUUUGGUGGAUUUAUUAGAAGGCGCACCCAGUACUACAUUUUAUAUGAUGGCUGGUGCAGCAUGUCAAUCCAUAGCUGAUAUUGGUCAUUGUCAAUUACUGCCUUUCCCUAUAACUGAAGAAAAAGAUAGCAUUGCAUUACAUACAAUUGUUGAAAAACUAUCUCGUUUAGCAAACACAUGUAAAGAAGCCAAAGUACAAGAAAAAGCGACUUUAGCUUUAGGUCAUUUAGCUAUUCCUCUUGUCUCCAACAAGGAAACUUUGGACCUUGUCAAGCCUAUCAUUGAUGGCUUAUAUGCUUUAGCAGACACAAAACAAGUUGAGUUAGCCUUUGCUGCAGGUGAAGCUUUCUCUGUCAUUGCAUUCGGCUGGGAUUCUCAAGCCAUGCAGAAACACAAAGAUAUUUCAGAAAUGCCCUUGUUAGACAAUUUGGCAUCGCCUAUAUACGAUGUUCAACAAGACAUAGAAAAAAUUAUUCGUACCUAUGUCACCAGCAAUCGUUCAUGGUACCGUAAAGCAGCCUGUAUUUGGCUACUCUCUAUCCUCAAGUUUGGUAAAGGACGUCCCUUGGUGCAAACCAAUCUGAGCAAUAUGCAUGCUUCCUUUUCUCGUCUUUUGGCUGAUCGUGAUGAUUUUACACAAGAAUGUGCUUCUAAAGGUCUCGGUCUUGUAUACGAAUACGGUGAUGCUAGAAUCAAAGAAGACAUGCUGUAUUCACUCGUAGGCACAUUUACUGAGGGUCGUCAAAUUCAAGCACAAUCUGUAACAGACAACACGGUUCUGUUUGAAGAAGGCGCUUUAGGUGAAACACCCGACGGUAACUCCAUCACUACCUACAGGGAACUCUGUUCUUUAGCUUCUGAAUUGAACCAGCCUGACUUGAUUUACAAGUUCAUGAACUUGGCUAAUCAUAAUGCCAUGUGGACUUCACGUCGAGGUGCUGCCUUUGGUUUUCAAAACCUAAUGGCUGUGGCUGAAAAGGAAAUGGAGCCUUAUCUUCCUCGUUUGAUCCCUAAACUCUACCGUUACCAGUUCGACCCUAACCCUCGAGUGAACCAGACCAUGAAGUCCAUUUGGCGAUCGCUUGUCAAGGAUAAUCAAAAAACAGUCGAUACCUAUUUUGAUCAAAUCAUGGAGGAUAUUCUGGCUGGCCUAGGCAAUCGUCAAUGGCGUAUUCGUGAAGCCAGUUGUGCUGCUGUGACAGACCUCGUGAUGGGACGUUCUUUAGCUCAAAUUGAACCUUAUCUGGAAAAGCUAUGGCAAAUGUGUUUCCGUGCAUUAGAUGAUAUUAAGGACUCAGUGCGUCAAGCAGCCAUUCAAACAUGUCGUUCCUUGACCAAGUUGACAGUGCAUUAUUGUGACCCUACUAUGGUUGCUAUGGCAGAUGGUUAUAAAGUAAUGGAUAUUGUAAUGCCUUUCUUGUUACAGAAGGGCGUUGUGUCUGAUGCAGAGGACGUUCAGAAGUUUAGUUUGGAUGCAGUCUUGAAAGUGUGUAAGACAGGCGCUACUUUAUUAAAAAAGUAUGUACCUGAGCUCAUUGACACUUUACUUCAAUCCUUAUCAUCACUUGAACCUCAAUCGAUGAACUAUCUCAGUUUUCAUGUGGACAAGUAUAAUAUUUCUCAAGAACAAUUAGAUAAUGCCCGUCUUGCUGGUGCAAAAAACUCACCCAUGAUGGAGGGCAUUGAACAUUGUAUUCAUCAAAUUGAUGAUAAUGUCAUGCAAGAGCUCACACCUCGCAUUCUUCAUAUUGUCAGAAAAGGCACAGGUCUUCCUACAAAGGCUGGUUGCGCACGUUUUAUUGUGACGCUUGUGAUGAGCAAGAGGGCUGUCUUUACACCCUUUGCAGAUACGUAUUUAAAAGCCCUAAGUGGUACGAUUCGCUCCAAGAAUCCAGUCAUUCGUAAAUCCUAUGCUACUGCUAUUGGCUAUGUUUGUCAACUUGCUAGUUAUGAUCGACUAAUUUCACUUGUCAAACACUUGAAGAAACUGUACAUUGAAGACGAAGAUGAAGAUGCAAAAGCAGGCAGUACUAUCGCAGCUGUCGAAUUUACGCGAUUUGCUACAGACAGAGCUAAUUCUAUUGUUACGGUGCUUGUGCCACUUGUGUUCUUUGGUGAGCAUGAUCCUGACCAAGACUUGAACAAGCUAUGGAAAGCAGCUUGGGAAAACUUGACUUCAGGCACACGUAGUCUUGUCGUCAUGCACUCGGAUGAGAUUCUCGAAUUUGUACAACCCUUGUUAAGUUCGUCUUCAUGGAAAGUCAAGCAAACAGCUGCUUUGACAGUUGCAGAUAUGUGCAAGAUGUUGGGCGAAGGUAUUCAAGUCCAUGCCAAUGAACUCUUGCCUGUUUUAGUAUCCACCUUGGCUACACGAUCAUGGUCUGGCAAAGAACAUGUCUUGGAUGCCUUUGUUCAACUGUGUGUGUCUAUUAAACACUCGUUUGAAGGUCGAGCACCUUCUUUGUCAGAGGCUACGAAGAUUAUGAUUCGUGAAGCCAAACGCAAGAACCGUGAAUACCAACGCCAUGCUUUGGCUUCCUUGAUCUGUUUCUCCGACGCCUUUGCUGAAACCAUAGACUUGUUGGGCGAUGUGAUGCCCUUUUUGACCGAGUUAUGUGAGAUGGAUGAAGCGUCUGUCAUGGAAGAAGAAGAUGAAAAUGAGCAUGCUAAGCCUCUUUUAUUGAUGAUCAAGGCCAAUGCUUUCAAGGCGCUUGUGUCUGCCUUUAGACCUUGCGUAUUUGAAAAUCAAAAAGAAGAGACGCAUCGUUUAUUGGGACUGAUUACUCGCUCAUUUCAAGGCAAUGUGUGGAAUGUGCAGUUGGCUAUUUUACAAAGUCUAGAGACAUUUGUGAAGCACGCAGCACCUCAUAGCCUAGACGAAAAAGAAAACAUGGACAUGUUGUUAAAAUCUUGUUUUGACUGUUUGGAAGAUUUAAAGUAUUCAGCUAUUCGAUCUGCUGCUAUGGAUGUGUUGGAACAAGUGGUAGCCAAAUGUUCAGUCGAAGGUAACACAAAAGAAGAGUUUGUCAAAGGCGUCAAUAGAUGUAUACAGAAUGAGCCUGUUGCUUUAAUUCGAGAUAGAUUACAAAAAUUACUUUUGAGUAAAUUCUAA